AUGAAGAAACCCAGCAAGCUAUACGUCAAUCCAUUGUCCCAGCUAUCACGCGAAACAAAACACACAACGCUGUAUCCACCAAAGAAAAAAAGAGCGAUAAACAGCCUUAAAGCGGAUGAAACCAUCGUUGUUUUGCCAACUAACAAAGGCAGAAUAACAGUCAUUCUGGAGAAAGCCGAAUACAUCGACAAAGCUAACGCUCUACUCAAUGACACAACCACAUACCGCCGUCUGCAGAACGACCAAAGAGCGAACCUUGCGAACAAGUAUUCGCUGCAUACAUCCUGUGGAUCAGUGUUCAUCAAACGGAAUAUCACUGAAAAGUGUAAGACCUGGUCGACAACAUCAGACUUUGUUACUCGAAAGUUUCGAAUUCAUUCCGACCCAGCACUUAGGACUGAUGACUCCGUUCUUCAUGCAUCGGUUUUGCGUGGGGCAUCUGCUCGCCACAUGGCGCCGACAACUUCAGGUAUCUCCAAAUCAGUUCUCAAGCCUCGAUACCCAGUCAAUCUGGCCGCGUUUAAUAUCCACCCUCUGAAGCAAGCAGGACAACAAGCUGCUCUUUCACUCACACUGGACUCGCUUGGCAUUGAUGAUUCUGUGUCUCAGAAACUAGAAAUCAAUAUACAAGCACAGUGA